AUGUCGGGCAAUGCUGCUACUCCACUGUCUUUGGGGGGUGAACGUGUCAGUGGUGAUAGUGUGCGCAAGCAAAAUGUGAUGGCUGCCAUUUCUAUCGCUAACAUUGUGAAAACCAGUUUGGGUCCUGUAGGUUUAGACAAAAUGCUAGUGGAUGACGUAGGUGAUGUAACUAUUACAAACGACGGAGCUACGAUAUUGAAGUUGCUCGACGUGGAGCAACCAGCGGCGAAAGUCUUGGUGCAGUUGGCCCAACUUCAGGACGACGAAGUUGGUGAUGGCACUACAAGUGUCGUUAUCUUAGCCGCCGAGUUGCUUCGUAAUGCAGAUGAGCUCAUAGCCCAAAAAAUUCAUCCAACUACAAUCAUGAGUGGUUAUCGACUUGCGUGUCGGGAGGCCUGUAAAUACAUACAGAAUAAUCUUGUUCUUGAUUCGGAUGCGCUUGGAAAGUCCUGUCUUGUCAAUGCUGCUAAAACAUCGAUGUCUAGCAAACUGAUAACUUUCGGUCCUCUUUAUGCCUUUUGUAGAGAUGCGGACUUCUUUGCUAACAUGGCUGUCGAGGCUGCGCUCGCUGUCAAGGUGCCUGAUGGCCAUGGUGGCUUUGUAUGCGCAACAAAGGCUAUCAACAUUUUAAAAGCCCAUGGUCGUUCAAUGAGAGAGAGUGUUCUUAUUAAUGGUUACGCGCUCAACUGUACCAUUGCUUCUCAGCAGAUGCCACGCCAAAUCGAAAAUGCGAAAAUUGCCUUUCUUGAUUUCAACUUGCAGAAGGUGAAGCUCAAGUUAGGUGUCCAAGUCCUUGUGAGUGACCCCGACAAGUUGGAGGAGAUUCGUAACCGUGAAGCGGACAUCACUAAGGAGCGUAUCCAGACGAUACUUGCGGCGGGUGCCAACGUAAUUUUGACUACGGGAGGCAUUGACGACCUUUGUAUGAAGUACUUCGUUGAGGCGGGUGCAAUGGCCGUUAGGCGGUGUAAGCGUGUUGAUCUAAAGCGCAUUGCCAAGGCCACGGGUGGGCAGCUUAUUGUUACGAUGUCCAAUAUGGAUGGUGAGGAGACAUUUGAUUCUGCUUUGCUUGGUGAGGCAGGUGAGGUGGUGCAAGAGAGGAUUUGUGAUGAUGAACUGAUACUUAUACACGAUCCGAAGGUUAGGUCUGCAGCCAGCAUUAUUCUCCGUGGCGCUAAUGAUUUGUACGUGGACGAAAUGGAGCGAUCACUGCAUGAUUCACUUCAGGUCAUCAAGCGUGUUUUGGAAAGCAAAUCGAUUGUGCCUGGAGCUGGUGCUUGUGAAACGGCGGUCUCCGUUUUCCUUGAGAACUUUGCUAUGACAAUGGGUUCUCGUGAGCAAUUGGCUGUUGCCGAGUUUGCUCGUGCGAUGUUAGUGAUCCCCAAGCAGCUUGCUGUCAAUGCAGCCCUUGAUAGCACUGAUCUGAUUUCUCGUUUACGAGCUUGCCAUAACACGAUCUUGUUGCCAUACUUUUGUUACUCUCCGGUCUUCCGGCAUCACUGUUCAUCUAAUAAUAUUCGCGGCUUAUUUUUUUCUAGAUGGGGUCUCGAUCUUCAAAAGAAUUGCAUUUCAAACUGCAAGGAGCUUGGGAUUUUCGAACCCCUAGUUUCAAAAAUAAAAAGUUUGAAAUUCGCCACCGAGGCGGCGAUCACAAUUUUGCGCAUUGAUGACCUCAUCAAACUGAAAGAGGAGAAGCCUGUUGAGGAUCCUGAGCGUUAG